AUGCAACUCCCUAAUCCAUCGUGCUACCAGCACAUUGUAGUUGAGGGUACGCCAUACGAGAGAGGCUUGUCGCAUGGAAGACAGGCAAGUGACAAAGUUCGCGCCAAUAUCGAGUAUUAUAAGCUUCCAGGAAAGCUACCGCAUUGGUCUAUAUCUUCCAAAAUCAUCGAGACGGUGUACCUCCCGGCCUUUCAAAAGUUCUACCCAACCGGGCUCGAAGAGAUCAAGGGAAUUGCAGAUGGCGCCGGUGUGACGGUCGAGGAAGUCAUCAUGCUCAACGCUCGAUACGACUUGGGCAGAUGCAUGUAUCGGCUUCAAAACGGUGGGGAGACUCCACAAGACUCUGACGGGCAUGACGAAUGCACAAGCGGCUUCUUUCCCCCGAAGGCAGUUGAGUCUGGUCGUGCUCUAGCCAUACACAACUGGGACAUGUCCAGCCACCUCUAUAACCAGGACCUCAUACUCUACCUUGAGGUGCAUCCAGGCCCGUCCGAAGAUCGCCCAUCGAUGUUCAUCCUUACGGAAGCUGGUCAACUCAUUCGCAGCGGAAUGAACUCUGCCGGUCUUUCGGUUACGGCAAAUUCGUUGCUUUCAAGUCAAGAUUACGUACCCGUCUCUCAUAUCGACCGCGAGGGAGUUUACCAUAGAGUUGCAGACCCAACACCUGUUCUCCCCCUCUCUGUGGCUAGGCGCAUCUUUCUUGAAUAUAGCAACUACGCUGAAGGCCUCGUGGCUAUCAAUGCCUUUCCACGUCAUGUCUCAGGAAACCUGCACGUCUCAACAGCAGACGGAUUUGCAAUGGCCAUGGAGGUCGCACCUGACCGCAUCUAUAAAUACUAUGGCAACAUUGACGACCAGUACCUGAUUCACAGCAAUCACUUCCUUAGCCCCGAAUUUCUCAGUCGCGACAACAUUUUUGACCGUUAUCCCGGUGGUAGCAGCUGGUUUAGAUGUUUGCAAGCCGAAAAGGGGGUGAGAGCAGACUGUGCUGCAGGGCAACUAACGCCUGAAAAGAUCAAGGCAGCGUUCUCAGAUCACUUGGCAUACCCUGAGAGUCUAUGUAACCAUCCGAACCCAAAGCAGAAAAACGCACCUAGUGCCGUUCUCACAGGAUAUACCUCAAAGCAAAAUAUGACGGUAGCAUUUGUUAUUUAUGAUCUCUCAGAGUUAACAAUUACCGUUUGUAAGGGGCCUCCCUGCAAAGGAAUGUUACAGUCGUUUAAGCUUAAAUAG